GUACUCAACUUAAAAGUAUCAGAAGUAACAUUUAAGAUGGGACUCUUUAAUAUUUUCGCUUUUAUUUUCGUUAUUGCAACAACCCAAGCUUAUAAUUUUGAGGACUCUAUUUACAAUCACAUUCUCAUAAACGAAUUGGAUCAACUCCAAUGGGAUAGCAACAAAUUGUUCGACCCAAGAAGUAAACGCGAAACAGAUUCUAAAUGCAAAAGCGAUUUAUUUAGGAGUUGUUGCGAAGAAGAUUAUUUUAGAGAGCUUUACGAAGAAGAUAAAGCUUACAAAAAAGAAUGUUAUAGAGAAUUAAAAGGUAAAGAUUUAGAAGAUUCUUUAAUCGAUUUAUUAAAAUGCAACAAAAAUGAAGAAAUUAAGAACGAUAUUGGAUGUCUAGCCGAAUGCGUAGCUAGAAAGAGGGGAUUAAUCGAUGAUGAAGGGAAUCUUAAAGAAGCUGAAGCCAAGAAAAGUUUUGAAGAAAAAUGUGCUAAAAUCGAAUGGUUCGCUCCAAAGGCAAAUGAGAUUUUCGCGAAAUGCUACUCUGCAUCCGUUGAAGCAGGAAAAGCUUCAAGAGAAAAGGGUCAAUGUAAUCUGGCUUCCAUCAAAUACGGACACUGCCUUUGGAAAUCAAUUCAAGCCUCAUGUCCAGCUGAUCGCGUCACAGACGAAGCUAAGUGCAAGAAAAUUAGGGAAAAUAUUGAUUCGUUAGAGGAAUUUACAUCGUAAAGAGGCGCUUUAUCUCAAAUUUUCUAAUUAUUUUCUAUUUAACAUAUUUAAAACUCAAUAAACUACUUAAAAACU